CGCCUGGUCCAGCAGACGCGCGGCGGCGGCGGCAGCGGGGGCGCGGGCUGGGAGCUGUUAUUGGUAAAAGAAACAUGGAAAGUGGUGCAGUUCUGCUAGAAUCCAAAUCCUCACCAUUUAACCUUCUGCAUGAAAUGCAUCAACUACGCCAGCUCGGCCACCUGUGUGAUGUGACUGUCAGUGUGGAGUACCAGGGUGUCCGUGAAGAAUUCAUGGCCCACAAGGCAGUGCUGGCAGCCACCAGCAAGUUUUUUAAGGAAAUGUUCCUUAACGAGAAGACUGUGGAUGGUACUAGGACUAAUGUCUACUUAAAUGAAGUGCAGGUUGUUGAUUUUGCUUCAUUUCUUGAGUUUGUCUACACUGCGAAGGUACAGGUGGAAGAAGACCGGGUACAGCGAAUGCUGGAAAUGGCUGAAAAGCUAAAAUGUUUGGACUUAUCAGAAACUUGUUUUCAGUUAAAGAAACAGAUGCUGGAGUCAGUGCUUUUGGAGUUGCAGAACUUCUCAGAGUCUCAGGAUGCAGAAGGAAGCAGUGGAUCCCAAGUCAGUGUUGCUCCCGAGCAGCCACUGGCUCUGCCCAGGGCAACCGAGGACGGCCCUCUUGCCAAUGGCCUGGUGGAUUCCUUGGAUCCCGCAGGGGAGGGCAUCAGCAAUGGCGUGUUACCAGACAUGCCUCCAAGGAAGUCCAAGGAGAAACCGGAUAAGAAGAAAGAUGUAGUUAAGCCUCCUUACCCUAAAAUCAGAAGAGCUAGUGGGAGACUCGCUGGAAGAAAGGUAUUUGUGGAAAUCCCUAAAAAGAAAUACACAAGACGACUUCGAGAGCAGCAAAAAAGUGCUGAGGAUGACAUAGGGGACCUCAGGUGUCCCCAAGACUCCAGCCUGGACACUGUGGCAACAGAGAUGGAGCCAGGGGCCAAAAAUGAGAACUGUAGUGCUGGGGUGAAAGUAGAGGAAGUGCUGCAGAAAGUGGUGAUAGGGGAGGAGGAGGAGGAAGAGGAGUUGGAGGAGGGGGAGAAGAGGAAGAGCAACUUCAAGUGCAUGAUCUGUGACAAAGCCUUUCUGUAUGAGAAGAGCUUCCUGAAGCACAUCAGGCACCACCACGGAGUGGCCACGGAGGUGGUGCACCGCUGUGACACCUGUGGCCAGACCUUUGCCAACCGCUGCAACCUGAAGAGUCACCAGCGCCACGUGCACAGCAGCGAGCGCCACUUCCCGUGUGAGCUGUGCGGGAAGAAAUUCAAGAGGAAGAAGGACGUUAAGCGGCAUGUGGUGCAGGUCCACGAGGGUGGAGGCGAGCGGCACCAGUGCCAGCAGUGCGGCAAGGGCUUGAGCUCCAAGACCGCCCUGCGGCUCCACGAGAGGACACACACGGGCCAUAAGCCCUACGGCUGCACAGAGUGCGAGGCCAAGUUCUCACAGCCCUCUGCACUCAAGACCCACAUGAGAAUUCAUACAGGGGAAAAACCUUUUGUCUGUGAUGAAUGUGGUGCAAGAUUCACUCAGAACCACAUGCUGAUUUAUCAUAAAAGGUGUCACACAGGUGAAAGACCUUUUAUGUGUGAAACAUGUGGCAAGAGUUUUGCUUCUAAGGAGUAUUUAAAACAUCACAAUAGAAUCCAUACUGGAUCGAAACCCUUUAAAUGUGAAAUUUGUUUCAGGACUUUUGCCCAGCGGAAUUCACUGUACCAGCAUAUUAAAGUCCACACAGGGGAACGGCCCUAUUGUUGUGACCAGUGUGGAAAGCAGUUCACCCAGCUCAAUGCGCUGCAGCGCCACCAUCGGAUCCACACAGGGGAGAAGCCUUUCAUGUGUAAUGCAUGUGGGCGGACGUUUACGGACAAGUCCACACUCCGGCGGCACACCUCAAUACAUGACAAGAAUACUCCAUGGAAGUCUUUCCUUGUUAUUGUAGAUGGCUCACCUAAGAAUGAUGAAGGGCACAAGACUGAACAGCCUGAUGAAGAAUUUGCGCCAUCCAAACUUUCUGAUAAAUUGCUAUCUUUUGCAGAAAAUGGCCAUUUUCACAACCUGGCCACAGUCCAAGACAGUAUGCCCGCUGUGCAUGGGAACAGUCCCGUAGACCCUGCCUGCAAGUCAGAUGAUCCUGUGGUGUCCCAGGAUGCUCUGCUGGCCACCACCAUCAGUGAGCUCAGUGGGCUGACUCCACAGACAGACUCGAUGCCCACACAACUUCACUCCUUAACCAACAUAGAAUAAGCUUGACUUUAGCUGCUAAGUCGGUUGCAGCCUCAUCUUUGCUUAUAUGAGAGAAGCAAAGAUAGCUGUAUAGGAGAUAAGUCAGGGACUAAGCAAAAGAACUAUCUGUGGGCAAUGAAGGGAACAAGAAUGAUUUCUGCAGAUUUUCCCAAAUUUCUGCUCACUUGCACGUCUUGAUCAAAGCAUUUUUAAAGCUCUCCCUUAAAAUCCUGAUCUGCAUGAUCUCAGCUACACUUAACAAAGCAGUUAACAUAACCUUACUUAAUUCUGGUACAGGUUAUAUGUGUUAAUCAUUCUAAUGCUUGAUUAUCUUGCUAUUUAUGACUUUUGGACAACUGCUUACCUUAACUGUACAGAGCAGUGACCCAGCUCAUGAAAUUGCUGUACCCAGUCUCACCCUGCCUUAGCUUCCACGUGGGUUUAUUUCUGAUACUUUUAUGGUAUUUUUCUACCAAGCUGAAAUAAAACUGGGGCCAUGUAUUUUCAGCUAUGUCUUCCCUGUUGAAUUGAAUGAAGCAAAUAAAUUUGUUCCGGGGACCCUUGAAUGAAUUACUGCAUUCGUUCCUCUCCAUAGCCACUCCCCCCACCCCUCCCUUGAGAAACACUAAAAAAGAAAUGACAAAUUGGAUACUUGCUAACUGCUUAGUAUAAGCUCUCAUAGCAGUAAGCAGGUAGAACAUGUGCCAUAAAAUAACUUUUAAAAUGAAAAUGUGGCUGUUUGGAUUCUUUCCUAAAAAUCAGAUUAGGUAAAAGCUGUCCUACCAAAGAUUCUAGCAGCAAACUACUAUUUAUUUUGCAAAGAAGUGUGAAUACUAAGCAAGAGGCUUUAGAGGACUUGAAACGUUUCAGCCAUUUUAUUUACAAAGUAGAAUGAGGUAACUGUGUCAAACUUAGAGCAGAGUAUUAGUAUUUUUGCAGUUUUUCUGACUUAAUUUCCAGAAACCCAGACUUUUUCAUUUCCACAUCCAAUGCUUGAAAUAUUUGUUUCCUUGGGAGCAUGUGAGCAUAUGUAGAUGGGACCAAAGGCCUUGGCACACUCAUCUUUGAUCAUGCCUUACGAGAGGACUGUGAAGAAUGUGUGUCUUAAAUGCGCCUUUGGCUAUCACAUGCUGGCCUUAAUUACUGCUCAAAGUGAUUUGUAGUUAAAAGACAAUUCUGCUUUAUUUUCUAAGCCUGAUUCUUGGCUCCAGCAGGUUGGUGGCUUUGAUAUAUUGCUAUGUGCUUAUGAAGUGCUUCUACUUAACCAUAUUAAUUUAAAGAGAAACUUGAAUGAUAAUUAUUUCAUUCACUAGUUGAUCUUUUCCUCUACAUUUUAAUUUAUUAAACUUGCUGUGAAAACACUUUUUUCUAAAAGAAAGGUAAUUUUAUCUGUAAGUUUGAGGAUGAAAACAGGAAUUAGUGAGGGAAGACUUGCUUCCUAAGUGCUUACUUUGUUCUAACAUAUAACAUGUCACAGUAAAUAUUAAAAACACCAUAAGGUGUUUUAGAUGCUGAUAACAUGUUUCACACCUGCUCUUGAAGACAGCCGUACUGAAUGAUUUCAAAUAAAUCGACAACUUAUCCUAGUUAUGUUUACAGAACAAAAAAAAUAGUGACUAUCACUUUGGUCAGAGAAUGGGCCGACCCAGCUGAUGAAUUGUUUCAUGGAAUAAAGUUAUCUUAAGGAGAAGGAAUUUAAAUAAUUAUUUUGUUACCUACUGGAAGAAUUUUUGUCUUGAACUUGUUUCUUUAGAAAUUCUACAAAAAAAAUGUGUUAAUAAAUGUU